GUGUUCAGUUUUGAAAAUCGGAGGUUUCGCCGCGGUGCCCCGCCGGGUUGCUCCUCGGACGCGGUGAGCCCUGGAGCCCCGGAGCCAAGGAUCUGGGUCGGCCGGGGGGCUCUGCUAGGGAGGCCGCGGGACUUGGGUCGGAGCAGCACUUAGGAGACGCGGCGCAGUCGAAUAGAGCCACCAUGGGGUCGACAGCCCCAGGGCCCAUUCACCUGCUGGAGCUGUGUGACCAGAAGCUCAUGGAGUUUAUCUGCAAUGUGGAUAAUAAGGACUUAGUGUGGCUCGAAGAGAUUGAGGAGGAAGCCGAGCGCAUGUUCACCAGAGAAUUCAGCAAGGAGCCUGAGCUGAUGCCCAAAACACCUUCUCAGAAAAACCGACAGAAGAAGAGGCGGAUUUCUUAUGUUCAGGAUGAAAACAGAAACCCCAUCCGGAAAAGGCUGUCCCGCAGGCUGUCCCGGAGCAGCCAGCUGAGCUCCCGGCACCUCCGCAGCAAGGGCAAGGUGGAGAAGCUGGCCACGGUGGUGGGAGAGAACGGCUCUGUCCUGCGGCGGGUGACUCGUGCUGCAGCUGCAGCGGCGGCAGCAGCCACUGCGGUGUUAGCUACCCCUUCGCCCAGCCCUGAGUCUUCCCCUGCGCUGACCAAGAAGCCUAAAAACAGCCUGGCCCAGGGCCAGCUGGUGCCCGUGGUAGAGAUCGGCGUCCCAGAGCGCAAGAGUGCCGAGCAGCACCUUGACCAGCUCAAGUCUGUCCAGACUCCUCUGGCUCCAUCCCCUUCGGCCACCACUCCCGCCUCCCACAGCAUCUUGCUGUCAGAGGAGGAUUCAACACCCAAGAAGCCAGAGGCUGGGAGACCAGAAACCAUCACUGUGAGCUCCCUGAUGGCUACACCCCAGGAUCCCAAGGGUCAAGGGGUUGGAACAAGCCGGUCUGCCUCCAAGCUCAGGAUGGUGCAGGCCUUCCCAGGCCCGCAGGACUUGCCGGGUUCUCUGGCCUCCCCGUGGCCGGGGCGGGUGCUGACUUCCAUCCUGCCGGAUAACUGCUCCACACCCACGGGCACCCAUGUGGACCAGCAGUCAGUGUGGCACAGCCUGAUUGCCCCGUCCUCCCCUGGCUGCCAGGUCUCCCUGGCCCAGGAGUAUUCCCUGGUGGCCAAACAGGAGAAACCUGUCCGCAGGUCAAGCAGGAGGAUUGGCAAGAAGGCCACUGAAGAGCCAGCUGCCUCUGCCCGCAUCAUCUGUCACAGUUACCUGGAGAGGCUCUUGAAUGUUGAGGUGCCCCAAAAAGUUGGCCGUGAGCAGAAGCCCAGCGAGGAGGCUGAGCCAGUAGAGGCAGCUGAGCCAGAGGUCUCCAAGGAUGACAGGAGUACCUUGUGCCCCCGUAGUGCCACCAAGAUCGCCAUUAGCACACCUGGCUCGAGGCCUUUGGCUGGUGGCCAGGAAACACCCUCUGAAGGGCAACAAGAACCCAAGACUGACCAAGGAGAUAGCCCCAAGGAGCCAUCCCAGAGUGUCAGGAGGAAGCGCAGCUACAAGCAGGCAGUGAGUGAGCUGGACGACGAGCAGCAGCUGGAGGAUGAGGAGCUGCAAGCCCCCAGGAGCAAGACGCCUUCCCCACCCUGUCCAGCCAGCAAAGUGGUACGGCCCCUCCGGACCUUCCUGCACACUGUGCAGAGGAACCAGAUGCUCAUGACCCCAACCUCAGCCCCCCAUGGCAGUGUCAUGAAAUCCUUCAUCAAGCGCAACACUCCCCUGCGUGUGGACCCUAAGGAGAAGGAGAGGCAGCGCCUGGAGAACCUGCGGCGGAAGGAGGAGGCUGAGCUGCUCCGUCGGCAGAAAGUGGAGGAGGAUAAGCGGCGGCGGCUGGAGGAAGUGAAGCUGAAGCGUGAAGAGCGUCUUCGUAAGGUGCUGCUGGCCCGGGAGCGGGUGGAGCAGAUGAAGGAGGAGAAGAAGAAGCAGAUUGAGCAGAAGUUUGCUCAGAUUGACGAGAAGACCGAGAAGGCCAAGGAAGAGCGGCUGGCUGAGGAGAAAGCCAAGAAAAAGGCCGCAGCCAAGAAGAUGGAGGAGGUGGAGGCACGCCGCAAGCAGGAGGAGGAGGUGCGGCGGCUCAGGCGGCUCCAACAGGGCCCUCACCUUGUGGUCCAAUCACAGGACGAGGAGGAGCGCAGGCACCAGGAGCUGUUGCAGAAGAAGAAGGAGGAGGAGCAGGAGCGGCUGCGCAAGGUGGCCGAGGCCAAGAGGCUGGCGGAGCAGCGGGAGCAGGAGCGACAGCUGGCGGAGCAGCGGGAACAGGAGCGCAGGAAGGAGCAGGAGCGGCUCCAGGCCGAGAGGGAGCAGCAGGAGCGGGAGCGGGAGAAGGCCCUGCAGUUACAGAAGGAGCGGCUGCAGAGGGAACUGGAGGAGAAGAAGAAAAAGGAGGAGCAGGAGAGGCUGCGGGAGGAGCGGCUGGCUGAGGAGCAGCAGAGGAAAGCCAAGGAGGUGGCGGUGACCGGCAAAGGCCUGAAUGUGACUAUGGAUGUGCAGUCUCCAGCUUGUACCUCAUAUCAGAUGACUCCCCAGGGCCACAGAGCUCCCCCCAAGAUCAACCCAGAUAACUAUGGGAUGGAUCUGAAUAGCGAUGACUCCACUGAUGAUGAGGCCCAUCCCCGGAAGCCCAUCCCCACCUGGGCGAGAGGCACUCAGCUAAGCCAGGCCAUCAUCCACCAGUACUACCACCCCCCGAACCUACUUGAGCUCUUUGGAACCAUUCUCCCCCUGGACUUGGAGGACAUCUUCAAGAAGAGCAAGCCCCGCUACCACAAGCGCACCAGCUCUGCCGUCUGGAACUCACCACCCCUGCUGGGUUCCAGGCUCCCCAGCAGUCUGGCCUACAGCCUCAAGAAGUACUGAGGCCCCUGGCCCUCUUGUCAGUCUCAGCCCCUAUGCAUGUCUGCCCACCCCUCUGUUGGUCUGGCGCCAUCCUGCCUGGUGUUCUGUCUCUGGGGUUUUGGCCACAUGUAUAGAAAUGUUCUCCGUGUGCUGCAGGUAGAACGUGGCCCAGACCUGUUUGGAGGCUGCAUUUGGUGGGUGGUUGGGGGAGAACCAUCCCAGCCCCACCUGACCUGCAGACAGCACUCUGUAAAUAGAUUGUUAUAAUGCAGCUGAAUUUUAGCUUCUAGUGUUCAAGAGCUAGAUUAAUAAAGUCUGUUCCUUUAAGCCUGCUGUGGGUAUUCUGGAGAUGGGGUGCCUUGGCAGAGUGCCCUGGCCCCUGGCCCCGCAGGUGUGCGUGUCUUGGGCCACUGAUGGGCUGGGGCACUGAGGCCCUAUUCCUUUUCCUGGAGUGUGCUUCCAGGUCACCUGGGUUUCACGUCAAGAUGCUGAUGCAGUAGAUGGUUCUGAUCCUGUCCCCGGGCAAUGCUGAGACAAAUCAGUUACUUGCAUGGUGCAGCAAGUGAAGCUUUUGAUUUUCUGGGGACUUUCUGAUUUUCUGGGGAGCUAUCUGUAAAGGGGGGCUUGUUCAAUGGGAAAGACAUGAGGUUGAGGUCAGGAGGACUGGGCUCUUUUUUUUUUUUUAAAUAUGAUAGUCACACACAGAGAGAAAGAGAGAGAGAGGCAGAGACACAGGCAGAGGGAGAAGCAGGCUCCAUGCACCGGGAGCCCGACAUGGGAUUCGAUCCCGGGUCUCCAGGAUCGCGCCCUGGGCCAAAGGCAGGCGCCAAACCACUGCGCCACCCAGGGAUCCCCAGGACUGGGCUCUUGACACAGUCCCUGGGCCCCACAGGCUUCACAAGGUACGCAUGCUGCUAAAGCAGGAGUCCUGAUUAGACUACCUUGAGCCAGUGCUUGCAAGCAGUUGAGAUGUUUCUCCAGCAAAACCAUGCAGCUGCUCAUUAAAUGCUUAGUGUCCGUGGAAGCUGGCCCUUGUCCUGCCCCAUAGCUGCCUUCUGUGUUCUAAUAUGCGACGGCCAGCUCCUUACCAUCUCCUCUAGUCCCUAGAAUAGGGGUUGGUGAACUAUAUGGCCUUAUGGGCCAAAUCAAACCUCAUUCAGUUUUUGUAAAGUUUUAUUGGAACCUACCCAACAGAAACAGGUGUCUGUUGCCUCCGGCUGCUGAAGGCAGAGUUAAGUAGUUGCAACAGAGGUUUUUUGGCCCACAAAGUUGAAAAUACUGUGACCCUUUACAGAAAGUUUGCUGACCCCUGCUUUAGGACAAAAUAAAGGCUAAAGUCCAAGAGUGCUUCAAAAUGAAGUAGUGAACACACACAAUAGAUAAGUGUAGAGGAAUCCAUCCAUUAAAACCAAGCAUUUGACGGUUCAUUCACAUACGGUGCACAGUUCAAACGGACUUCAUGUGUUCUUGAACUAGAAAUUUGUGUUGAGUCCAUUGGCAAGUGUGUCUUUACCUAGAAUUUAUCAUUUUUUUUUCUUUUAUGCACUGUACUUUUUAGUGUCAUGUCUAAGAAUUCUCUGUCUAGCCCUAGUUCUCAAAGCUUUUCUAUUCUAAAUGUUUUAUAGUUUUACAAAUAUUACAUUUAGGUUUAUGAUCUACUUUGAGUUAAUUUUUUUUUUUAAGUGUGAGGUUUAUGUUUUUGGUUUAUUUGGUUUUGGGGGCAUAUGAUUAUAUGUCCAAUUGUUCCAGGACCAUUUGUUGAAAAGACUUUGUUUUCCACUGAAUUUCUUUUUAUAUCUUUGUCAGGAAUCAAUCAGCCAUAUUUGUAUGGGUCAAUGUCUGGACUUUCUAUUCUCUUCCAUUGAUCUGUGAGUCUCUCCCUUUACCAGUACCACAUCGUCAAAGUUACUGUAGCUUGUAUCCAUCUUAAAAAUCUAUUAGUGUGAUUCCUCUAACUUUAUUCUUCCUUUUCAAAAUUAUUUUAACUUUUCUAUCAAUUUUGCCUCUCCAUAAGAUUUAGAACGAGCUAAUAUAUACACAAGUGUUGUUGGGAUUUUGAUUGGAAUUCCAUUAAAUCUAUAAAGUUUGAGGAGAAUCACAUAUGAUACUGAAUCUUCUAAACCCUAAAUGUGACUUGUCUCUCCAUUUAUUUACAUCUGUGGCUUCUGUCAUCAGCAUUUCGUAGUCUAAGUAUACAGAUCUUGGGCAAAUUUUGUUGGAUUUAUAGCUAAGUAUUUAUUUUCUUGGAACGAUUGUAAGUGGUAUUGUUUUUCUAAUUUUGGUUACCAGUUGUUCCUUGCUGGUCUACAGAAAUACAAUUGAUUUUUGUGUUUUGA